GGAAGUCUCGCGAGAGGCGGCGCGCGGGCGGGCGGUGCAGCUCCCCCAGGGUCGCCUCAGCCGCUCCCGCCGCGCCCGGGCCGCGCUCGCUCCUUCCCUCCCUCCUUCCUUCCCUCCUCUCCUUCCUUCCGUCUGUCCCGGCGCCGCCGACAAUGUCCCGCUACCUGCGGCCCCCCAACACCUCGCUCUUCGUGCGGAACGUGGCCGACGACACCCGGUCCGAAGACUUGCGCCGUGAGUUUGGUCGUUAUGGGCCUAUAGUUGAUGUUUACGUCCCUCUUGACUUCUACACGCGUCGUCCCAGAGGAUUUGCCUAUGUUCAAUUUGAAGAUGUCCGUGAUGCAGAAGAUGCUCUCCAUAAUUUGGAUCGAAAGUGGAUUUGUGGUCGGCAAAUAGAAAUCCAGUUUGCACAGGGGGACCGCAAGACACCAAACCAAAUGAAAGCCAAGGAGGGGAGAAACCUGUACAGUUCUUCUCGUUACGAUGACUAUGACAGAUACAGGCGGUCUCGGAGUCGCAGUUACGAGCGCAGACGGUCGAGGAGUCGCUCCUUUGAUUACAGCUAUAGAAGAUCCUAUAGCCCCAGAAACAGUAGACCUACUGGACGACCUCGUCGUAGCAGAAGCCAUUCGGACAAUGAUAGGUUCAAACACCGCAAUCGAUCUUUUUCAAGAUCUAAGUCCAAUUCAAGAUCACGAUCCAAGUCACAGCCCAAGAAAGAAAUGAAGGCUAAAUCACGGUCUAGGUCUGCAUCUCACACCAAAUCUAGAGGCACCUCUAAAACAGAUUCUAAAACACACUAUAAGUCCAGCUCAAGAUAUGAGAAGGAGUCGAGAAAAAAAGAACCAGCUAGAUCCAAAUCACAGUCAAGAUCACAUUCUAGAUCUAGAUCAAAAUCCAGAUCGAGGUCUUGGACUAGUCCCAAGUCCAGUGGCCACUAAUAGUGUAUCCAUGUUGGUUUAGGCAUGUAAGAUUCAUUUACACACAGUUCAGUUUACUUAAAUUAUCAGGAAUAUGAUGUUGCAGCAGUGCUAAAAAAUAUUUUCUUUGUCAGUUUUCCCUGUAGCCGACAAUGGUUGAAAUUAAAACAGUGUUGAGAAGCCACAGAGAGAGAGAGAGAGAGAGAGAGAGAUUGUCCACUUGGUUAAAUGUCAUGGGCAGCUACUGAUUUGGUUGUGGUGUCUCUAUGUAUAUUUUUGUAAAGAUUUGCAUUUUUAAUGCUUAGAUAUUUAGUGAUGACUUGAUUGAUCGUAACUUGCAACAUUGUCCUUUUACAAAUGUCACACCCAUAGAGAAAUUGGUCCCAGUUUGUGCUGGGCAGUGAACCCAGCCCUUUAACUGGUUCUUCAGCUCUAAACGUAGUGAGAGAAAGGAAAACUGGACAGCUGUAGUGCAACACUGGCUGCUAGGAAAUGAGGCUGGCAGUUCGUUCCCAUGGCUCCAGGGCAGGGUUUGGUGUUCCCCGUGCCCACCAGCACCAGCACUGGCAGGUGGAGCUCUGGAGGGAGAUUUGGGAGAUUUGUCCUGUCUGGAGGAUGGUACUGACCUUACACAUGGGCACAGGGCUGGUCUAGGAGCUCGCUCAGAGCCUGGGCACUGUCGUGACCCGUCGGGAUAGAGGCUUCACUGCCUCUGCCCUGGCUGCUGGUGCUGAAUGUGAGGGAAAAACCCACCUUGAAAUGGAACAUCUAAAUUCAGAUUUCAGCAAACGGCAGAGCAACUGAAUACUAGGUUGUGUGUACAUUUUAUGCAGUUUUUUGUAUCUAUUCUCAGUUUUAGUGAGCAGUUAACCAUGAAGUUGCUUAGUUUUGCUGCUGUUAGAUACAAGUAGAUCGUUUGGAGUUGUGUGUGUACAGUAUAUAAGAACUAAACUUUCAUGCCAAUGACUCCUGUGGUUAGUUGGUGUAUUCAUAGGUAUCAAACUGUAGCCAUCUCCCUGGGUUACCAGGCUUGCUUUUUACACUGUAAAAAAGCAAUUGGUCAAGCAAGUCUGAAUCACUCUUUCCUCAGAAUGGACAGUGGUUUGGUUACAAGAUUUCAUUUUCCUUCAGAACAAAUGUUUGAAGUUGGAUAUGAACAAGAGCUGCAUCUCUAGUUACGUAGUUUAUCACUAAUGCAGUAUAUUUAGAAAAUUGAACAUGAAAAAUAACAAACCCAGUGUGUAAUCUUACCAGUAUUUCUCUAGAAGGCAAGAUCUUUGUUGUGGAAAUGGCUUUUGGCUUUAUUUUUUUUUUGUCUUGACCUUCAAAAGCCACCAUCAAACACUUCAGUGUUCCUGGCUGUCUGAUGUCUGUAGCAUGUAAAGACUUGGAUUUGCAGAAAUUCCUUUUUAGAGAAUGUUUUAGGGUUUGGUUUCAGAGUUUCAGCAGGGCCUUGAAGGAAGAGCAGAUGGCUUUGGGAUCUCAUCAGCAGAACAUGCUUAGGGUUGAUCCUAGAACCUUUGUACAUUUGAUAGUAUUUCUAACUUUUUCUUUACUGUUUGCAGUUAAUGUUCAUGUUCUGCUAUGCAAUCAUUUAUAUGCACGUUCCUUUAAUUUUGUAGACUUUCCUGGAUGUAUAGUUUAAAAACAGCAAAAAGUCUAUUUAAAACUGUAGCAGUAGCGUGCAGCUCUAGCAGAGGAAAGUUGUGGGAUUAAACUUUGUAUUUCCUUUCUUAUAGAGGCUUCUAAAAAGGUAUUUUUAUAUGUUCUUUUUAACAAAUAUUGUGUACUACCUUUAAAACAUCGAUGUUUUGAUCAAAAUAACUAAAGACCCAGCUUAUUUUCUGCUUGCUGUAAAUUUAGCAAACAUGCUGUAAUAAAAAAAUGAAGGAAA